GUUCUUUGUAUCAAAGUUCAGUUAACACAUAAAAAACCCUGCUUCGAGCACUCAGCUAUCAGAAAAUGGCCUUGACACCUAAUUGGAAGCUCGUUUUUGCUGCAUUACUAGUGUUGGAAAUGUGGGGUUCUCAGGCCACAGCCCGCACACUGCCUGAUGCAGCAAUGAUUGAGAAACAUGAGCAAUGGAUGGCACAAUUUGGACGUGUCUACAAAGACGACGCUGAGAAGUCCAAGAGAUUCAGAAUAUUCAAGGAAAAUGUGGAGUACAUCGAGUCAUUUAAUGAGGCUGGGGCUCGCCCUUACACACUCGCCAUAAACAAAUUCGCUGAUCUGACAAACGAGGAAUUUCAGGCAUCUCGAAAUGGAUAUAAAAUGGGAUCUUACCCGAAAUCAUCUAUGUUUUCGUCAUUUAGGUAUGCAAAUGUUACUGCAGUUCCAGCCAGCAUGGACUGGAGAAAGAAAGGAGCUGUCACUGGUGUAAAGGACCAGGGUCAAUGUGGAUGCUGCUGGGCAUUUUCAGCUGUUGCAGCAACAGAAGGAAUCAACCAGCUUACAACUGGAAAACUGAUUUCGUUAUCUGAACAAGAACUUGUUGAUUGCGACACAAGUGAAGAUGAGGGCUGCAAUGGUGGUCUUAUGGACAAUGCUUUUGAGUUCAUUAUCAGUAAUGGUGGCAUCACAACUGAAUCGAAUUACCCAUAUGAGGGAGUUGACGGCACCUGCAACACUAAGAAGGAAUCAUCUUCUGCUGCCAAGAUUACAGGGUACGAGGAUGUUCCGGCCAACAGUGAGCCUGCAUUGCUGAAAGCUGUGGCUAACCAACCAGUAUCUGUGGCCAUUGAUGCUAGUGGAUCCGACUUCCAGUUCUACUCAAGUGGGGUUUUCACAGGAGACUGUGGAACUGAGCUAGACCACGGUGUCACCGCAGUUGGCUAUGGGAAAACUAGUGAUGGAACCAAGUAUUGGCUGGUUAAGAAUUCAUGGGGAACUAGCUGGGGAGAGAAUGGAUAUAUUAGAAUGCAAAGGGAUAUUGAUGCUCCAGAAGGCCUCUGCGGCAUUGCCAUGCAAGCUUCUUAUCCAACAGCUUAAGCUUGUUGAAACCUCGGAUGGAAGCUGUACAGAGCUCCCUUAGUACGAUUGUACUGUUUCUAUGUAAAGUGUGUCUACUUGUCCUUGCAUUAGGUGUGUGGAUAUAUAUAUAUAUAUAUGUAAAUUACUUUCCUGUUCCAGGAAUUGCUUGUAAAGAGGCUGUUGUAUAGAAAAGCCCGUUAUAUACUUUCAGGCCCUGAUAUCUGUGGCACCGACAGCUCAACACUGAUGUUUGC